GUCCGGCUACCGUGCUGAGUGUUGAGUUUUCGGGGGUCGCGCUCCUUCUCUGGCCGGUGGAGCAGUUCCGCAGCCGAGACCCAGCUUGUGGCGCUCGGGCGGCUCUUCUUUCCUCCUUAGGACCCACUUUGCCGUCCCGGGGCGGCUGCAGCUAUGUCCGCGCUGCGACCUCUUCUGCUUCUGCUGCUGCCUCUGUGUCCCGGUCCUGGCCCCGGACCCGGGAGCGAGGCAAAGGUCACCCGGAGUUGUGCAGAGACCCGGCAGGUGCUGGGGGCGCGGAGAUAUAGCUUAAACCUAAUCCCUUCCACCCUGAUCUCAGGUGAGCACCUCCGGGUCUGUCCCCAGGAGUACACCUGCUGUUCCAGUGAGACAGAGCAGAGGCUGAUCAGGGACACCGAGGCCACCUUCCGCGGCCUGGUGGAGGGUAGCGGCUCUUUCCUGGUUCACUCCCUGACGGCCCGGCACAGGAAAUUUAAUGAGUUCUUUCAGGAGAUGCUCUCAAUAUCCCAGCACUCCCUGGCCCAGCUCUUCUCCCACUCCUACGGCCGCCUGUAUGCCCAGCACGCCUCCAUAUUCAAUGGCCUGUUCUCUCAGCUGCGAGACUACUAUGCAAAGUCUGGUGAGGGGUUAGAUGACAUCUUGGCGGAUUUCUGGGCCCAGCUCCUGGAGAGAGCAUUCCCCCUGCUGCACCCCCAGCGCAGAUUCUCCCCUGACUUCCUGCUGUGCCUCACACGCCUGGCCUCAGCUACUGAUGGCUCUCUGCAUCCCUUCGGGGAUUCACCCCGCCGCCUCCGCCUGCAGAUAACCCGUUCCCUGGUGGCUGCCCGGGCCUUUGUCCAGGGCCUGGAGACUGGACGAAAUGUGGUCAGAGAAGCGCUUAAGGUGCCGGUGUCCGAGAGCUGCAGCCAGGCUCUGAUGCGUCUGGUCGGCUGCCCCCUUUGCCGGGGAGUCCCCUCGCUUCUGCCCUGCAGGGGCUUCUGCCUCAACGUGGUCCAUGGCUGUCUGAGCAACAGGGGACUGGAGCCUGACUGGGAUGACUACCUGGACGGCCUCCUGCUCCUGGCUGAAAAGCUCCAGGGCCCUUUUUCCUUUGAGCUGGCAACUGAGUCCAUUGGGGUGAAGGUCUCAGAAGGUCUGAUGUAUCUGCAGGAGAACAGCGUGAAGGUGACAGAAAAGGUUUUUCAGCAAUGUGGGAACCCCCACCCGAUAUCGACCCGCCACCGCCGAGCCCCAGCGCCUCGGGAAGAGGUCGGCCGACCAUGGAGACCGGGCGCGGAGGAGGAGCGGCCCACGACGGCAGCAGGCACCAACAUGCAGCGCCUGGUGUGGGAGUUCCGCGAACGGCUGGGCCGGGCGCGGGGCUUCUGGACUGGACUGCCGACGACGGUGUGCGGGGACUCCCGCAUGGCGGUGGACAUCUCUCAGGAGGCGGCACCCUGCUGGACCGGGACUGGGCGGGGCCGGUAUUUGCCACCUGUGGUCGGGAGCUCCGUCGCCGAGCAGCUCAACAACCCCGAGCUGGAGGUGGAUGCCUCGGGUCCCGACCUGCCGACGCGGCGGCGGCGGCUGCAGCUCCGGGCAGCCACAGCCCGGAUGAAGGCGGCCGCGCUGGGGCACGACCUGGACAGGCACGACGACGAUGAGGAUGCCAGCGGCUCUGGUGGGGGACAGCAGUAUGCAGAUGACUGGAAGGCGGGCGCAGAAACCCUGACCCCGCUCGGCCGGCCCCUUCUCCCUCCUCGAAGAGAGGGCCCAGGGAGUAGAGGAGGCAGCUCCCGCUCCAACCAGGGCAGGAGCAGGAGUGGGGGGGCGUCUGUUGUUUUCCACCCCCAGCCAGCCCUCAUCCUCUUCCCCUCAGCCCUGGCCCUGCUGGGGCCACGGUAACAGGGCAGGGGUGCCCUGGCAUUGGAAGCGUUGGCGCCUUCUCCCCUUCUCUUGGCUCAGCCAGGUCUGGGGAGGACUCGAAGGGGCUGCAGAGAGGGUGGAGGUGAGACCUUGCAGGUGGACGGCUGGGGCCCCAGAUG